UCCUGAAAAGUAAUGGGCUUAACAGCAUCAUGAGGAACCUCGAAAACGUGGCAGCCAAGGGGAAGAUCAUGGCCAAUAUUAGCAAGCUUGUCAGCCCACCAAUUAGCUUCCCUGUAAACAUGAGAAAUCUUAGCCACCCAAUCACUGACCUGGGCUUCUUUAAACAAAGCCAUGUACUUCAUAGUGGGAGAUGAGGAUUUCAACAAAAUAUUCAGUAGACACUCUUUAUCAACCUCCCUCCAAGAUUGAUCUUCUGAGCCCCCCAUAUUCCCGGUAAUCUAAGGCUGUUAACUCCAGAAUCAGGAAUCCAGAUUUGCAGCAAAUCCAGAAAUCUAAAUCCCAUAAUGCUUUCGAAGAAUGCCACACCAAGAGCUAUUUUUGUUACUACAAGAUCACAGUCCACCCCUUUUGUUUUAUUAAUGUGUUAUAUCGAUCAAUAAGGUAAUCAGCGCUAGAUCAAAAGCUUUCCCGCCAACUAUUGCCAUAAACAGAACUUAUCUAAGAAAAAGGAAAGAAAAAGCCAUUAACCAAAAAAUGGAUCAAAAAUUCCAAAACAUACACGUAAAACUCCUAGCCUUGGAUCUCGUCUCUCUCACACAAACUCCACCGUUUUCCCCCUCAGACCCAAUCUCAUUCUCUCACGCAAACAAGUCCUUCUCACGCGCCGAAAUCCUCGGUAUUGUCACUUCCUGCGAGCACAAACCACACAAAUUCCUGAAAUUCACAAUCGACGACGGCACAGGCUGCGUUUCAUGCAUUCUCUGGCUCAACCAGCUCACUUCCCCUUACUUUUCUCGCCGGAGCACACCAGCUGUUCGACUAAUUGCCUCAACGGCCACUCACUUUGCCUCAUUGAUCAAGAUUGGAGUUGUAGCUAGGGUUCGUGGCAGGAUCACGAGCUAUAGAGGUACUGUGCAGAUUACUGCAUCUGAUGUUGUUAUCGAAAGAGAUCCUAAUGCCGAGAUUUUUCACUGGUUGCAAUGCGUUAAGCUCGCGCGUAGUUGUUAUCAUGUCAAUGCUUCUCCACGUAAGUAGUGCUUUAGGUAUAUACCUUUUUUUACUAUCCCAUUUUGUUUAUUUCCAGAUUAAGAUGAUAAUGUGAUAAUGAUAGAUGAAUAUUCGUGCCUACUUGGGUGUAUUACACUGUUCUCCGAUAGAAUUUUAGAUUUGAGGAGUUAAGAGUGGAAAUGAAUAUAGUGAGAAAGCAGUUGUGAAAGAUGUUACUACUCUGGAGAAUUUGGUUAAUGGAUAGUGAUGUUAACCUACCGGUAUGGAGUUCUCCGUUAAUGUAUUUAAGAUUCUGAGAGCUACAAAAUCAAGUCAUGACAAAUAGUAGAUGGUGAUGAUCCGAAAAUAUUAAAGUUUGUGCCAUGAGAGAGCUCAAACAAAUAGAAUAUUCAUGAUUUGCGCACUUAUGGCUAAGCAUUUGAAAAGUACUUGGCAUGGAUUACUCUCAGUAUGUCAAUCACUAACUUGGGUUGAAUUAGAGUUGUUCUUUGUCGAUAGUCUGAGCCACUUGUUCCAUGGUUUUAUAAUUAAUGCUUAUUGGACAAAUAAUUGGCUUUUCACUGGACAUUUUACAUCAUCAAUUUUGGACCAAAAUGAUUUGGAUUAUAGAAGCAAUAGAUGAACUUUAUGAUUGAAUUGUUGUAUUUGACAAUUCGUAUUGAAAUCCAAUGUACGUGGCACUGUUUUCCACUAUGAGGUUGAUUUGUCAAUAACAGAUGAUGAACUUCACUAUAUGUUCUUUAUA